GCUGUAUGGCAACAGAGCACCGCAUGGGUCACAGAUGCCUCCGGGUCCUCGCGGAUACCCCCUCGUAGGUCACCCUGAGUUCCUGCACAAGGACUUCCACUGCAACCAGGCCAUGAAGUGGGCAAAGCAGUAUGGACCCAUAUACAGAAUAAAGACGGGUCCCACAGACAUGGUUAUUCUGAACGAUUUUCAGUCGAUAAAGAAGUUCCUCACUAAAAGAGAAAUCCUGUACCGCCCAGUCAACUGGUUGUUCAAAGGCGCACUCUACCCAGGUGUUGCUACUAUGAACGGCGAAAUGUGGGAACACAACCGGAGGUUCUGCCUUCAAGUCCUCCGGAACCUUGGUUUCGGCAAGAGUUCCAUGGAGGGACACAUACAGGACGAGUGUCGAAGCAUGAUCGAGAAAAUAGACGACGUGAAGGGAGCACCGAUCGCCCUCCAGGACUACCUGCUCACAAGCACGUCCAACAACAUCUCGGCGCUGGUCUACGGCAACCGGUACCCGUUCGACCACCCGCGUCGCCGUUUCCUCGACAGCCUCCUCAGCGACCUGUUCAGGGCUAUUCGCGCCGGUAGUCUGGUGGAAUUCGUACCUCCCUUCCUACUGGAGGUUGUUUCAAAGCUGCCUUCGACGCGCCAGACAGCCAUUGUCUCCAAACUCUGGGAGUUCGUUGAAGACACCAAUCAACAGAUCAAGGAGCACGAGCGGACCCUCGACGAGCACGUCAACCGUGACUUUAUCGACGGUUAUCUAAAAAAGAUCAACGAAAGCAAGGCCGAUCCAAAUUCAAAUUUUAAGCAUAAUUAUCUCCUGGGCAAUCUGCUCAGCUUCUUCAUCGCCGGUUCGAACACCGUGGCGGUGACCCUCCAGUGGCACGUCUUGAACUUGGCCGACAAGCCAGACACAGUGCAGUCCAGGAUUCGCCGAGAGAUCGACCAAGUGGCGGGAAGGGAGAGGCCUCCCGCGUGGGAGGACAGAAACAAGAUGCCCUACACGAUGGCCUGCAUCUGGGAGAUGUACCGAUGGAAGACUGUGUCACCCCUAGGUGUACCCAGGAGCGCCGGUGAAGACACGUUCUUCGACAAUUAUUACAUUCCGAGAGGAACUACCAUUUCUCCCAACGUGUGGGCGGUGCACAACGACCCUACGCUCUGGAAGGAGCCAUCCAAGUUCGACCCGGCCCGCUUCUUGAGAGAGGACGGCUCCUUAAUCCAACCUAAGCCGGAGUUCCUGAUCCCAUUUUCGAUAGGCAAACGAAUGUGUCCCGGCGAGAAUCUGGCCUCCGUGGAGAUAUUCCUGUACCUAACCAGCCUGGUGCAGAAGUAUCGCAUCAUCCCCGAAGGCGACAAGAUUCACGGUCUCGACUCGAUCGACAUUCCACUUGUGGAACUCAACAAGCACAAAGUGCGGUUCGUGCACCGCUAGUUGGGCCCAACCGCUGCGACAGAACACUAGAAACAAUUUUGAGAGCGAGCCUUAUAGUUAUCCAAGAGAAAUUGCUGUGAAGGGCGACAAGGAAGAAGCAGGAUAGAUAAAGGAGAACGGUUUUAGAACAUUAUAAAUAAAUGGCUUAA